UAUUCAAAUCUUCGGCGUUCAAUUGGUUAGUCAGUUCUAAAUUUGGGCUCAUUUGACAUCUGAACAUGAGGACGGAUAGAAGUAUAAUGUUUCUGAUGAUAUUGGCAUUGCCUAUCUCAGCAGAUGCUGCUAUAACCUCAUGGAGUAACCCAAGUAUUCCUUCGGCAGACGGAAAUGGGGUCAUUUCUGUUAGUGAGGGCCAAUCCACAUUCUUCAUUUUUACAACUAUUACGGCUGUCAGCGAUGCAACUUUAGUGCAGUAUGUGUAUACGGUGCAGGCGUCCCCGAUUUCGGUACUUACUGGUGGUGAAGUACAAAUUACAUCAACACUUGACUUUGAGACAACUUCUAGUUACACAAUUGUGGUGGAGGUAAUUGACAAUGAACCAGCUACUGGAACAGCAACUAUAACUGUAUCUGUCACAGACGUCAAUGAGGCUGCGCCAGCGUUUGAUCAAAAUACAUUCAGUGCCUGCAUUGCCGAUGGUUCCACUACAGACACAACGCUUACAACAACACUUGCGACUGACCAAGAUACCAGUAAUACAGUUACCCAUAGCUUUGCAGGUGGGAACACAAACAAUGAUUUCAAAAUUGAUGCAAACACAGGCUUGAUACAAGUAAAUUCAGCCAGCCUUACUUCAUCAGUUACAGCGAGUUAUGAUCUAGUAGUGGAAGCUGUUGACGACGGUUCACCAAUUUUAACCGGAACAACAACCGUGUCUGUGACCGUUGGUGACUGUAGCAGGGCGACAAAACUAGUUUGCAUUGCAAUGACGAUAAUAGUGCCCAUAAUUGUUAUAAUGAUUUAGAUAUGCGAAACAUCUCAAUUGAACACUGACGAAAUAUGAAAACGGAACACACAUAUACCUGAAUAUAUGUUUUUACUACAAAAACACCACCUUGAAAUGUUCAACACAUGCACAUCUCGAUAUCCUAUACCCAUUGUGUUAAAUUUCAAUCAUCACAACAGACUAUAAAAUAAACAUAACGGGUAUAGAUAGAGAUGGUACCUAAAAUUUCAAAUUGCAUCUGAUAUUAUUUUCUGUUUGAAACUUAAUAACAGAGUACCUCAAUUAUAUAAUGAUUUAACUUUCAUACUUCAUUUUUCAUGCUGAAAGGCAAUAUUUAAUCCGAAAAAUUUGGUCCUACUUGGAAAAAUGAAGCCGGUGACAGAACUCUUCUAUGACUAUUUAGUUAUGUGGACAAAGUACGCACAGACUCGGAUGUGUUUCCCAAACAUAUAGUUUACUUCAAGAUCUAUGAAUAAUCAUUCAAACAAAAAAGUUGAGCAUUAUCUUUCAUUUUCGAACGAAAUAAUUCAAAGAUAAUUAUUUUUAUUCAUACUGCCGAUAAUUUACAGGUACUGUAUGAUCAUAGGAAAGAAAACAUUAUUCGACGUGAGAAAAAAUAUAAACAGACUAUACGAAUUUUACGACAUCGAAUCCCUCAACAUUUUACCAAAUUCGUUUGCCAAGAAUAAUCAAGGCCUCAAAAUGUACGAGAUAAAAACAGAGCGAUAUAAAAAUGUAUAUUCUAACUGAAGGUCACACCAAAACCAUACCAAAAGCUGUGCCGAAAGAAGUUAUUUCACUUUUUAUGACACGCAAAUUGUUUUUACAAAUGUACCUAAUUUGCAUAUUGACCGAGGCGUGCGGAAUCGCAUUUACCUUGCGGAAUCUGCUGUUACAGAAAUUUCGGUUAAUAAAAUGCAAACGUUCUUUAGUAUAAAUAAAAUGGUUAUGUUAGUUAAAAAGAAAUGACAGUCACCUUUCUUUAGCUAAUCCAUCAAAAUAACGAAGCCGGUUUCGCUGUCAAAAGUUCCCGUAUUUACUGUACGGUGCUAUGUUAAAAUAUUGCUAGCGUGAGAUAAGCGAUAUGCGCUUCAGUUUUGCUCUUGAUUUGUUGUUGUUGUCGUUGAAUAAGUAGCCUUAGGUACCAUCUCUAGUAUAGAAAUUGAAAUACAUGUAAAGAAUAUUAUACAAUUAUGUUAUAUUGAGAAACCUUUAAUGAUACUAGCCUUUAUUUGAUCCACCAUUUGACAAGACGCACCGGUACUUUAAUAUCAAUAUGUCCACUUAUAAGUGACCGUUUAAAUUUCGUAACUGAAUAUCUUGAUUCUGACAUAAAAAGCCUUAAAAAAUAAUUAACUGUAUACUUAUAAAGAAGCAUCUGUUGUUAACCAGGGGCGUUUUAUUUUGGUUUAAGCCAAAGUACGAGGGUUGUCCCAGAAAAUCGGGAACAUUUUUAUUAUUUCUAAAAUAAGCGACGCAUGAAAUAAUCAUUUUAACUGAUGCUAUUUCAAUGUAUACUUGACAGGACUAUAAAGUUUAAAAUUAAAUACCUCUCACAUUAUUUGAGUAUUCUUUAAAUAAUGGACGGCAGUCAGUGCUAGCCGGCGCACGCUCAUUUUUCCUCCUACAGAAAGAAGCGGCUUCCAUUUUUAAUCAUGUAACUUACCCGAUAUACAUCUUACUAGAUUAAAAUUUAUAUCGACGUUAACUGCAAUGUGUGGCACGUAAUUAUGUUGCGUUUCAAGUCUUUGACAUCACUUAUUUUAAAAUGGUGAUGUAAAUUUGAAAGUCACGGACGCACACACUUUCAUAAAUUACGACGUCAGAAAAGUUCGCGGCGCAGGAAGUAUUAAUAAAAUAUUGUGUAGGUAGCUUCACAAACAGAACGGGAACUGAAAAAUUCUGGAAAUCAGGAAAAUAUAAGCAGGACACUUGUCUUUACGUGGUACAAACGUUUUAAGGAAAGUUGAUCGAGUGAUUCAAAGAGAGGGCAACAAAAUGCUUUUAAAACUUUCUGCGCCAGGAACUUAUCUGAUGUAGUCAUUUUUGAAAUUUAGUGCGACCGUGACUUUCAGAGUUCCAUCACUAUUUAAACGUAAGUGACUCCAAAGACUUG